ACUGACCGCAGUGCAACAACAAACAACAACUACUACAACAAUAUCAAAUUAUUUUUAUUAAUUAUUUGAUUUGAUUUCUUCAUUCUAAAAAGAAAAAGACAUUAAAGAAUUUUCUAUUUUUGCUUAGAGAACAGUGGAAAGUUUUUUCUUAACACAAUCUCCAAAAAUAAUCGAAAGAAUUAUAAAAAGAAAUUUAUAAACAACUGUGGUGCUGUUUGUGAUAUUUUUUGUUUUCUAAAUAAAAAUAAAAUACCAACAAAAAAAGUUUUGAAAUCUUUGUGAAAAUUAUUUUCAGAGAUUUGUCCAAAUAAAUAAAAGCCUAAGUUUUUAAAAACAAAAAAAAGUGCAAAUUUUAAGCAUGAAGUUCCAAUUAGUCAUAUUAUCCGCCCUUUUGGUGAGCGCCUUCGCUUUACCCGUACCCGAUGAGGAAGUGUCACCGGUUGUACAGCCCGUGACUGAGGUCGUACCAAAAGUCGAAGACAAAGUAGCCGAAGUUGCCAAGCCCGAAUCGAGAAAGAUCGAAGAGGAAAGCAAAACCGAAGCCGCCAAACCAGCUGAAGAAAACAAAAUUGCCGCUUUGCCAGCCAGCAUACCAGACUCUGAAUUGCCCCAAGCUGUGCCCGAGGCCAAGAAGGACGACAUCAAAGAAGAGAAAAAGGAGGAAGAAAAGAAACCCGAAUUGCCAGCUGAGAAACAAACACGCAGCGAAGAUGUUGUCGAAGAAGCUAAAGCCUUGCCCUUGGCCGUACAACCCAUUGCCGCCGGUUUGAACGAAGAGCCCAAACAAGUUGUCGAAGAGGUCCAACCAGCCGUACAGGAAAUCCAACCCGAGGGUAAAUCUGCCCCAGCUGAACAAAAGAAAGAGGAAUUGUCCGUUGAAGCUAAACCCGAAAUUAAAGCCGAAGAAUUGAAAACUGAAUUGGCUGCUGAGGAAAAGAAAGAAGAAUUACCCGCCCGCCAAGAACGCACCACUCUCGAAAAGGAAGAAGAGAAACCCCAAACUCCUGUUGCUGCUCCCGCAACUCCCGCUGAAAGUGUCGAGGCACCCGAAGUCAAGAGCUUGACCGCCGAAGAACCCAAAGCCGCCGCCGAAGAAGCCAAACCAGAAGCUUCCAGCGAAGCCCUACCCGCCGAAGCUACCGAAAAGAUUGAAGAACCCUUGGCUUUGGCCUCCGAGGAGAAACCCAAAGAAUUGAAAGAAGAACAAAAACCAGCUGAAGCCAAGAAAAUCGAUGAAGCUGAAGCCGAACCCAUCAAGCCAGUAGAUGCCCCAGCUGCUGCUGAAAUCAAGGCCGCCAAGCCCGAAGAAGAAAAGAAAGCCGAAGAUAACUCAGCCACCGAAGAGGAAAAGUCCAAUGAAAGCAAAAAACCCGAGGAAUCCAAGGAAUCCGAAGAAUCAAAAGAAUCCGAAGAAUCUAAAGAAAACAAAUCUAAUUAGAAUUGAUAAUUUAACAUUAACAAACGCUUAAGGUUCACUUAACCUUCCACUCCAAACUACUAACACCACCACCACAAACUCACCCUAAAAACUUCCACAAAAUCCCCCUUAAAAAUCAUCCCAAUUUUUUUCCUUUUUAUUACUCUCUAACAUUAGCGACAGAGAGAGAGAGAGAGAAAAGGAAAUGCUCAAAACUCUUAAGUUUAAAUACUAGUUAGUUAUUUUAGUUGUAAAAUUUAAACAAAAAAAAAACAAAAAAGCUUAAUAAACAAGGAUGAUGAACACGAGAAGAGAAGUAUAAGAGAGAACUUUGACAGGAGAAGAUAAGAAGAUAACGGACAUAUAAAGGGACCGCCAGGAAAAAAAAACAUCAUAAAAUUAGAAAAUAUACAAGAAAACCCCCAAGUAGAGGAUAGUAAUUUAAAUACAGAGAACAUAAAUUUAAAAAGAAGGAUAAAUGAAAAACAACAAAAGCACACAACAGCACUUAGAGAAUAGUACAGUGAUAAUAAAUAGAAAACAACAACAACAAACACAAAAUACAUUUACAAUAAACACACUUACAUACAUACAAACAAACAUACAUUACACCGUUAUAAUAGAGACACCGAAGCAAAAGAGAAAACAAAUAUUACACUGAACAACAAACAAAACAAAAGUAAUGAAAAAUAAUAGAAAAGAAAAGCAAGGACAAACCCAUAUGAUGGCAUAAUUUUUAAAUAUUUUACAAGCAAUAUACUUAUAAAUAAUAAAAGAAAACAAGAAAAACAUAAAAAAUUAUUAUAAUUUUUUUUAUAAAUAAUUAUGUAUUAAUUAUUAUUAAAUAUAAUUUUAAUUUUGUCACCCAGUCCUAAUAUUUUCUUAUUUGUACCCCCCACCCCCACUGUAUUAUUUGUAAUCUUAAUGGUAAAAAUUUCAUUAUUAUUAUUUUGUAUUGUAUUCGUGCACUAUAAUUAAUUUUAAUUCUUUAUAUUUUUAUUAUUAUGUAUUUACUAUUAAUAAUUAAUUAUAUAAAUUUUAUUUUUAUUUUUUGUGUAAAACUCUUACUCUCUGCUGGCAUAUGCAAUUGAUUGAUUUGUUUGUAACAGAACAACAACAACAACAACUACAACACACACUCUUUUUAUAAUUCGUUUAAUUUAAUUUUAUUUUGUCAAAUUUCAUUACGACGACUUCUCAAUGUAUGAACUUUUCAGAACCCAACCAUUAUCGAGCAACGAUUUUCGCAAAUCUAUAGAUUUUUUAUACAUUUUAAACAACGACAUAUUUUAAAUGUCGUGCCAUUAUUGCGUACUAUACUGGUCCAGUUCCAGGGUCUAGUACGCUUUCGAACCGAUUUGUGCCGAUUUGCUGUGUUAAAAGUUUGUACAUUUUGAGGAUUCAACGAAUUAGUAAAGUAAAUUAACAUUUUUUUGUAUGAUGAUUUUUUUUACAUAGACUGAAGAUGAAUAAAAAUUUAAAAUAAAAAAAUA